UACGAGUGAAUUUAAUUCGAAAUAUAAUUUCGAAGUGAUCUAAUUUUAUUUGCAAAUUUUGGUUAAAUGUCUGAUUAACACAUAAUUGCAAGCAACAUGUGAUGUGAAUGAAAUGAUAUCAUGCAUGGCAAACAGGGAGAGCAGCAUCCUGUAUCCUCUGGAAUUCUAAAUCACUUACUCGCCGCUGAUUGGCUGUUGAGUUUUGACCCUUGUUGGGAUGGACCUGUUGGAUAAAAGGAGAAUUUCUAGAGGGAUCAUGCGUAUUGCGCCGUGGAUGCCUUUGCACAAGGGACCGACUCGUAUGUGAAGAAGGGAAUAGUCUCAGAGGCACCAUGACAGGAAAGGAUGGGGCUGUUUUGUCGGAAAGUUUGAACAAAUCAAAAUCAGUGUGUGCCGCUGAGAACAGGGGAACUAACAAUCCACAUCUGUCAAAGAGCAGCACCACACAUCCGCCCAAAUGCACGGGCUUCGGCAUCCAGGAGAUCCUGGGACUAAAUAAAGAGCCGUCCUCGGCGGCUCCGCGGAGCACACUGGACUCGUUCCCUGCCGGGGCGCACCUUCUAGCCAGCAGGUCGAUGCUCGGUCCAGCUGGGGUUGGUGUUGGUGUUGGUGUUGGGGUCGGGAUGGGCUUAAUUGGCCAUGGAGGUAUUCCGUCGUUCUACAGCCAGCCCGCGUUUCUUGAGGUGCUGUCAGACGCGCAGAACGUCCAUCUACAGCCGCUCAACAGGACAGUGGGCCCGCUGGAAAAUAACCAGUCUGCCAGCUCAGAUUCAGAAGAUGUCUCUUCAAGUGAAAGGAAAAUAUCAAAGUCUUCACUGAGCCAGAGCAAGAAGAGAAAAAAGAGACGACACAGAACAAUAUUUACAUCUUACCAGCUGGAAGAACUGGAGAAGGCUUUUAACGAGGCUCAUUAUCCGGAUGUGUACGCCAGAGAAAUGCUGGCCAUGAAAACCGAGCUGCCCGAGGACAGAAUACAGGUGUGGUUCCAAAAUCGGAGGGCCAAGUGGAGAAAGCGGGAGAAGUGUUGGGGCCGUAGCAGUGUGAUGGCGGAGUACGGGCUCUACGGUGCAAUGGUGCGUCAUUCCAUCCCGCUGCCUGAGUCCAUUCUGAAGUCUGCUAAAGAUGGCAUCAUGGACUCCUGUGCCCCCUGGCUUCUAGUUCAAGAUGGUUUUCCUACCACCAGCUGCUUUUCUAAACACGAAUGCCAACCAUUCUUUGCAGGGAUGCACAAGAAGUCCAUGGAGACUGUUGCAGUCCAACCAAAUGAGAAGUUAGAUGUCACUCAGAUGAAACCCAAUCCCAAACCGGAUGAGGCCGAGGCUGAGGAAAGGAGGACAGAGUCACCUAUGUCCAAAGAGGAACUGAGGGAGAACAGUAUUGCAGUUCUCAGGGCAAAAGCACAGGAGCACAGUGCCAAAGUGCUGGGAACAGUUUCCUCUGAGAGACUAGAGCACAAAAUGGAGACUUCGGUGACGGAGGAGAAGUCCAGCGAACAGCUAGACACGAAAGAAGAGGAAAAGAGUUCUUAGAUUAUGCACUGUAAUUCAUCUCUUUGUAAUGCCAUAAAAUAGGAUUGGUGUGAAAAUAUCUGGGCUAUUUUCUCUUCCUCAUUUUUCCACGAUAACACUGGA